GGAGGGGAGCCGUCUGCCUUCCGCUUCUGGGCUGGAUUGACACACAAUGAGGAGCAGAGGCUGGGGAGACGCUCCACAAACGCCGCUGUAAAUAAAUACAACAAUCACUGAGGCCAGAGAAACAUGGAGAACCAGUGCACAGUGCAGGUGAAACUGGAGUUGGGCCACAGAGCUCAGCUGAGGAAGAAAGUGACAUCAGAAGGCUUCACUCACGACUGGAUGGUGUUCGUCCGAGGGCCAGAGACCGGCGACAUUCAGCACUUCGUAGAGAAGGUCGUCUUCCGCCUGCACGAGAGCUUCCCCAAACCCAAGAGAGUAUGCAAGGAGCCUCCGUACAAAGUGGAAGAGUCGGGCUACGCAGGAUUCCUCAUGCCUAUCGAGGUUUACUUUAAGAACAAGGAGGAGCCAAAAAGAGUCUUUUUCAACUAUGACCUGUUUCUUAACUUGGAGGGCAACCCACCAGUCAACCACCUGCGCUGUGAGAAGCUCACCUUCAACAACCCCACCAAAGAAUUCAGAAGAAAGCUCAUCAAAGCUGGAGGGGUAUUGGUGGUACCUGAGGGGGCUGAAGCUGUUUCGAGACCCAGUCCGGACUACCCGAUGCUCCCCACCAUCCCCCUCUCUGCCUUCUCAGACCCCAAGAAGACCAAGACCUCUCAUAUGUCAAAGGAACCCAGCAAAGAGGGAAGUGGCAGCAGCAAAGGACCCAAACCACACAAGCUGACCAAGGAGCACCGUGAACGGCCUCGAAAAGACUCUGAGAGCAAAGCCACAUCAAAAGGAGACAACGACAGAGAUGGAAGCAGCAAGAGUGGCCGUGAUCCUUCCUCUUCCUCAUCCUCGUCUUCGAAAAAGCCGUCGGAGAUCAAAGUGAAAGAUGAAGUUAAGGUUCUCCCCAAGGCUGCCUUCAAGGAGCCCAAGCUCACCCUGAAGGAAUCAAAGAUGGAGGGUAUGUCCCCCAAAGGAGGGGGGGCAGGGAGCGGAGGGGGAGGAGGCGGGGGAGGGUCUGCCGAGUCCAAAGCGCCGGGGAAACGGCCCUCCACGGUGGAGUCCCCCAAACCCAGCGCGAAGAAGCAGAAGAAGGGCAGCUCCGAGGGGCCCAAAGGUCCAGGCAGUGGGGCCUUCACAGGAGCUUCUCCACGUGUCUCCUCCUCAUCUGCAGCCAGCCAGUCCUACGCUGAGAAGAAACCUCCAAAGGAGAAAGGUCGCUGGGCCAAAGGCAAAAAUGACACACAGGAGCUGAAGGAGCCCAAGAAGCCCCCAGAGUCAGAAGAGUCGAAUUCAGAGGACGAAGCAUCUUCCAAGUCAGAGCAGUCGGCUCCCUCCAGUCCUUCCAACUCCAGCUCCAGUUCUGACUCCAGUUCAGACUCGGACUUUGAGCCGGGACAGAAACAAGGGCAAGGCCCCCUGCGGUCGAUGGUGGAGGAGAUCCAGUCAGAAGAGUCGGACGAUGACGACAGCAGCUCAGAGGAAGAGACGCCCAUCAAGACCAACCCGCCCAACCGCGACUCUCGACUCAGCCUGGACAGCGAGAGUGACAGCAGUGACGGCUCGCACCGCCCCAGUCGAGACCCCGCCCCGCCUCCACAGAAACACAGCUCCUCCAAUAACAAAGUGUCAGUCAGAAAGAGUCCAGAUUCCUCGUUUCGCUCAGAGAAGGUGAUGAAGAAGGGAUACGACAAGGUAGGAAGGGCCUACACAGAAGAAUUGGUGGACCUCCACCGCAGACUGAUGGCAUUAAGAGAGCGUAACGUCCUCCAGCAGAUUGUCAACCUGAUCGAGGAGACGGGCCACUUCAACGUGACCAACACCACCUUUGACUUUGACCUCUUUUCACUGGACGAGUCCACCGUCCGCAAACUACAGAGCUACCUGGAGGCGACGGCCACGUGACAGGAAGUGGAGGCCGGCGUGUGGAUGGCGGCGGCGGCGGAGGUAGCCUCACCUCUGCUCUUUAAGGAGGAGACGAGCAGCCACAUCCGUCGCAGCCCUUUCACAGGCCUGACUGAACCAUCGAACAACUACCACACAAACAGAAACACACAAACAAACGCAAGCACACACUGAGACACAAGUCCACCUUCACGCGACGCCGGGGAGAAAACUGGAGGAGGAGGAGGAGGAGGAGGAGGAGGAGGUGUGGGAGGGAGCGCCGGAGCAGCUGAACUCCAUCUACAGUCAGGAUUUUCACUACACAUCUCUUGUCUUGAGUCUGUGCAGAGCUGUGGAAUUCACCCCACACCCCCUCCUCCGCCCCCCUGCACUCAUAUUGCUCCUGCCUUCGCAAACCUAAUACUUCCCAACCUCCUCCUCCUCCUCCUCCUCCUCCUCCUCCUCCUCCUCUUCUUCCUCCCCCUUCACAUGCACACUCCUUACUCGGCAGAACACUCCACUUCCCUCCCCCCUGUUGUCAGCUGGAGCUCAUUUCUCUCCCGACAUACUCUCGAGUCGUGUGUGUUUUCCGUGUGUGUGUGUGUGUGUGUGUGUGCGAGCACUGCUGAGGUUUGAGAGGAGAUGCUGUCUUUGUGGUUACUGACUUCUCUUUGUUUGUGAAGCUCGAGCACAAACAACAGCCCGUUUCAUCCCUUUCCCAAGCACGCACACACGCCAAUGAAUACAGGUUCAGGUAGCACUUUGCUCUUUUAGCCCCCCUAUUUAGCAUUAACAGUUAUAAUCAUUGAAGAAAUGGCUUAUAACACUAUAAUACAGUUUAAACGGACGUGUGUUUAUAAAUGUAACGUAUUGGCCAGAAAUAGAACUGAGAAAGUCUUUUUGCGGAGACAAACCUGCUGUCACAGUGCUCCAUCUGUUGUCCGUUUCCUGGAGAUACUAAAACCUAAAAAUAACAAUAAAGCGGAACGUAAAUCUGACAUUUGUAUAGCUUUUCUUCAGUCCGAUACUCACGCUGUCAUGUCAGGAUUUGGCCAAAGUGCUUUUUUUUUUAUAUUGUCUCUUAGCUGCUCAUCAUCUGUGACGGCGCCGAUUCUUGGCCGCGUUACAGGUUUUGUGCCUGGAUAUCGUUUAAAUCCGAGGAUAAGCGAACACCCAUUCUCUCCAGGAAGAUAUUCAAAGGGCUGCACUGCGUUCACAUGAAGUGAAAUGCCCCAAAGGAUGUGUAACGAGUUAAUAAAGAGAGCUGGACAGCGUGACCUGGAUGUGACCCUUUAAUUCCUCAUGUGGGCACAGAAGUGGAGGCUGCUCUCUGAACACAUCAUUAAGGGCAAUGUAGUGGAGUAGAGACCGUUCUUCUUUUUAGGGGAGUUUGUUUGCAGGCAAGUGUUAUAAACCAGUUUUCAAACGUUUGGCAGUGCUUAGAAAUGAUAAAUGGGGGGUUAAAGUGAAGCGGUACCCAGACUCACAUGAUGUUUGCUUCCUACGUCCUUCCACUUAACACUGUACAUGAAGACACUGAGACGUGUGCUGUGUGUGUGUGCGUGAGACUCUGUUUCGGGUGAGGUUUUUCUGUUGUCCGAACAUCUGAAAACACAUGUUCUGUUGAGUUUUCCCCUCCACUUCCUCGCACUGAAAGCUGAGCCUUGACCUCCUACCAACAGCUCCCCCUCCCCUUCCCACUGAAGGCCCCUCGCUCCUUCCCUCCCGUCCCUGCGCCCCCCCAUUCCCGUAUUGGCGUGCAUGAAAGGGCUCGACUGCUCGCGGCCAGAGCAGUGGAGGAUCACUCCUGAAUUGCCUUCUAAGUGGUGGGGAGGGUAGGGUGGGGUGGGGGAUUUAAAAAAGCCGUGAAAACGUAGCCAUACUUGUCUCCCAGAAUCCAAAAUAAGAGAAAAAAAAAUAAGGGGCCACGCUUUUUUACAUUUUAUUUUUCUACAAGUGCAUUUUGUGUAUUUAUUCCCAGAUUGCGGUUAAGAUAACCUGUGAAUGUAUAUCGCUUUUACUUUUCUACGGCUAGCAACAGCCCCACUCUAGUGCCUUUUUCUGCGACUUGCAGUGUGAGGGGGGGUAUUAGUCGUGCCCACACAGAUUGAAGACCACCCCCCUUACAUACCCCCCUCCUCGGGGAAACAAGUGUUAAUUGGGAUGCCUGAAUAUCCAGUAUUGUCUUAAUGGCUUCCAUCCCUGCUUCUCCUUUCCAGUGUCUUUGUAGGUUGUUGUCCUUUUAUCAAUAACACUUCUGUCGUUCAGACUCUCUAGAACUUCUCAGAUGACUAUUUUUCCAUUCAUGGCGGUCAUGUUUUUCUGCUCUUGCUCUCUGAGAUUAGGUUCAGUGUUUUUUUUAAAGAGGAAGCGUCAGAUGACUGUGUGGUAGUUUCUCACAUUAAUUAGCUCUAGUAACAGUUGCUUCAGCUGUGUUGUUUGUUUUGUGAGAGCGUUGUUGUUGUUGAAUAGGGUCCGGGUUCCCUCUUCAAGCGGUUUGGAGUAUUUGAACUAAUGAUGGAGCGUUUGAUACCAAGUCACCUGUCACUUGAAGAGCAUCAGUAAUCGGCAUGUAGGCAGAACAAUAAGCUGAAGUAAAACACUUGUGUUUUUUCCUUAAAUGUUUGAAAUGUAUUUCCCAGGGGCCUGCAUCAUGAAGUGACAUUAGUAGGAGAGAUAACUCCAACUGGCUGACGGUCUCCCAAAGCUGCCUCAUUUAGAUCAGUGAGCAUACGCUGGUUUAUUAAUAAUGAUACAUUAAUUGUACACAUCAGUAGAUUCACUUGGAUUUACACACUGGCUAUAUCAAACAUUUAAGACAUGUUAGUAGGAAAACCAGUUAUCUGCUUUUGAAAACAAUAUUUAAUGCCUUUUCUAGCGAAGCCCGACUGAUGCUGGAUUUUUUAAAGCUUUAAUAAUCUGAUAAUUACAGUUUUGGCUAAUAUUUAUUGUGCUACACACAACCUAUAAGUAAACAGACUUGUCAGUGCAGAGUGGUGGACACUGUUUCCAAACAUAUCUUUAGUUACUUCAUUUAUCUGAUGACAAACAGUUAUAUUUAACCGCACUGAAAACAUUUGACUUGAAGAGUUGUAGUUUAUUUUACAUUAAUGAUCUCGUACUGCAGCGUAGAGGAACAAGUAGGGACUUAGUCAACAUUGUCUUUUUAACCUAAAAGUUACGAUCUUAAAUAUAAAGAAGUGCCCAAUUGGAUGAUGAAUCUCUCCACAGUGAGUUUGUCAUUUCUACUCUCCUUUUUUAAACUGUCAGAGUGCAUUAUCACACUUAUGUCACAUUUUAUUACCAAAAGAUUUAAAGGUAGUCAAUAAAUACUGACUGAACCCCACGAUUAGGCUAGUUUUACCAGAGUUAGCUGGUGUUGUAGUUGGUAUUACAUCUAAUUUAGUGGAUGUUACACGGUGCUUUAGUACAAGUGCAACUAAACUGAACCAAACUGUUUCAGGUGUAACUGUUCAAAUGGACACCUGUCAGCUGUAAUGAGCUGAACUCUAACAUUUCUUUUGCCAAACUAUACUGUAUACAGAUGACUUCUGUAGAUUUUUGCAGCCGAAACUGUCGUUUUUCCUGACAAAAAUAUAAUUCUUUAUUGUUAGUAAUGAAACGGAAGCACAAAUCAUUUUCACUUUCUCAUGAUAAUGGAGUGAAACGUACAAUCUAUUACUCUCUCUCUAAGUGCAGCUUAUGACAUUUAGUGUUUGAUUACUGAGUUAUUCAACUAUUAUUGUUUACUUUUUAUGAUCUCUAUAUUUAAUGUAUGUCAGUUGUUUUAAUGUUUUUUCUAUGUUUUUUACUCACUGAUUUUGUUCUGCUACUGCACUGAAUCCUCUUUGCAGGGAUCAUCAGUUUUAUCAGAUAUUAGUGACACUACUCAGUUGUGAUUAGCCGAUUCUUUUAAAACAAACUUGUGUCCACUCUGGUGGGGAAACGGAGCCGACAGCCGGUUUUGUGAGACCAGUUUCCAGGAUCGCCAGGUUUUCUAAAGCCACAAAAAACUUGAAAGCCAAGUGAAGUUGCUUCUUGAUUCAGGCCCCUGAUGUGUUAGUUCCUGUGGCCCCUCUAGGCUUCAUGCAGACACACAACAGCAGCUGUGGGACAGUCCUUCAGUGAGCGAUCCCCUCCCUGCCUCCCUCGCCUCCUCUUCUGUUCUCUUCCUGCCGACAGUGUUUUUAUUCUGACGCUUCGAUAGCUUUAAUACUUGGCUCUCUUUUUUCUGUUGCCUGCCUGGCUCAGCGACACGUACGCACUCCCUCUGCCCUUACUGUAAAACGCCAUCUGAGGACGGAAAAAUGCGUCUCAGAAAGAAAAAAAAAAACAAAAGAAUACCUGGAUCCACGCCGCCUUAUGUGCCCUACAGUAACCCCCUCCCGCCCUCCCUUCUUCCCUCCCCCCCUUGUGCCGCCUUCAUUUUCUCAAGGUGUGCCUCCGUCAACAGAACUUCAGGCCGUGAUUACUGAGAAUGAACUUUGCAACCGUGUGAGUGACGUUUGUGCAUCUGCGAGUGUGUUUGUCAGCGAUAGGAGAGAACAUAAAAAGAACAACUUUCCUUUCUGUCCUCUUCUCUGUGCACCGAUGUGGGAACUUGUAAGUCCUAGUUCAUGAACUCUGACCUUCGACCAGGCACUCAUUCAGUCCCUUGUGGUGGUGACGGAGAGGGGGAGUUAGGUGGGAGAAGCCCCACUGUCUACCCACAGUCAAUGUUUUAUUUAUGGACCUCUGCACUUUUGGCUGUGAUGACUUCAGUACUUAAGUAGUUACCUAAACUGUAUUUUUAAGGAUUUUAUACAAUAUUUACAUGCAAUACAAUAUGAAUUGAUUUUUUUCUUUGCCAACUUUUUUUGUUUUGUUUUGUUUUUGUUAUUUAAUUGUCUUUAUUUUGGCAUGUCUUGUCACUAUUAUUCGCAAACAAACAUGCCUGUUGAAUCUAUUUUAGGCAUAAAAUGUUGUUAUGGGGGAUGUUCCCUGUAUGUUUUUUUGUGUAUCAUGAUUCUGAUGACAGCUGAACACCGAGAAGCAGGUGUUACAAAAUGUUUGCUGGAUGAGCUUAACUUUGUCGUCACCCUCUGCUUUGAGUACAAACAACUGGACCCAGAGGAGGACAUGAGGAGUCCACACUCUGGUUCAGGGAACUGAAAACUGUUCAUUUUCUGUGUCAUGUCUGGGUUUGAUUUGAGAUUUUCUUUUGUUCACUUUCAUAGAAGUCUGUACCCAAACAGAAACCGUCACCUUCUCCUAAUUUUGUUGAGUUAGGAUAACUUGAGCCUGAAGAAACACAUCAUAGGAAACAGAGUUGCAAAGUGAGGGCAGCUGUUUUGGAAGUGAAAGUGCCAUUUGUUAUUCCCAUAGAGAGCGACGGUCUGAACGUUUCUUGGCUCAGUAGAUUCCUGACUAUCUUAGAACACAUCUGGUUAAUUAACUGCGACUUCCACGGUGCAUUGCAACAAGAAACAUCCGGUCAACAAGCUGUGAAUCUAAGAGUGUUGAGUAAACCAUAAUACAAACUGCAGCUUGAUUAUUUUUUAAAAAUUACAACAAUUAAGCACUUGAAUGUGUUGGCAACUCUCAUGGACUCUCACUUGCUUCUUCCUCAUGACAGCAGAGCAAAGACUCGCCCAUCCUAUCAUCCAUCCUUUAUCUAUCCAAGAGUGAAAGUAGAGUUCACCCUGGACAGGUCACCGGUCCAUCACAGGGCUACACAUGGUGACAGACAACCCAACACACUCACAUUCAUACCUACGCACAGUUUAGAAUCACCAGUUAUCUCAGCAUGGAUUUGGACUGUAGGAGGAAGUCUGAGAACACACACAUGCACGAGUUCUUCUAGCUGUGAGACGGCAGCGCUAACAACCGAGCCCCCAUGCAGCCCCAAAUACAACCUGAUUUCUCAGAAGUAAAGCUUGUAUCAGAUGCAACACUUCAGCGUUAAGCUAGACAUUGUGGGACAGAAUCAAAAUUGAAAUGGGAAGACGAAGGAGGGAGAAACACCAGUGGCCCUUUUCACUUUGCAACUCUACGAGCAGGACUGUGAGAGUGGAGCGUUUCAGCUGAGACUAUAUUAUAUAUAAUAUGUGUAUAAUACAGCAAAGGUAGAUUAUCUACUGUGUGGAUCUUUAGAGGACGAGGAAAAAGCGAAAAUAUAGAGCGAAAUGGUUCCUUGCAAAUGUGUGGCGGGGGGCGGGAGGGGGCAUGUGCAGACGGGGUGUUUCCUGUGUCAGUAGUGUCAUAAUGUGUCUGUGACAAGGGGACCGGGUUGCCUGUAUUUAUAAAGGUUUGAUUUAAAAAAAAAAAAAAAAAAACAACAACUGGGGGGGUGGGAGGGUGGAAACGUGUUCCAUAUAUGUGGUCAAAGCUACAACCGACGGGGCAGAACAAAUGAACUGGAUGGCAGAAGAACAAUUUGGUAUUUUUAAAAAGAAGAACUUGGCAUUACAAUGCCACCAUGUGGCCGUAUGAUGCAAGUUGUUAACGAGGACAAAACAUGUUAUUUUAAUGUUAUUUUUUAUUUUGAAAUCAUAUUAUUAAUAAAGUCAUUAAGUACUGUUGUC